AUGUAAUUAAAACCAUAAUUAAUGUUGUCUUCGGAUGAUAACUUAGAUGAUUACAAAGAUCCUAAUCUAGAUGAAAGUGUUGAUGAUGUUGCUUAAAUCAAAAAUGAUUUUUAUGAAUAGAAACCUUAAAGAUUAAGUCUUCCUGAAAGUUUAAGUUAAAACAUGUUAACAUAAAUUCAAGAAUUCCCUAUAUUCCCUCCUCAUCAAGAGCUUUAAAUUAAAAAAGCAAUUACCUAAAAAGAAAAUAGGAAAUUUACAAUUAGAGUAUACUAUUUUGUAAAGAGGUUCUUAACAAAAUUAUCAGUAAGUAGAAGACAUAAGCUCUUCUUCAAAAGUGUACAUUUCUAAAUUGUAGGAGAUAAAGCAAGUGGAGAAGUUGAGAAUUUAGUGUCAAAUUCAUUUUCAGUUAAGAAAAAGAAGAAAGGCUAAUAGAGUUUUAAAUGUUAUAAUCCAAUAACAGAACUAUUAAGAAUAAUGCCAAUCAUAUAUCCUCAAUCAAUAUCUAAAAUAAUUUGGGACUUAUGUUUAUGCUUUGUACUAAUAUAUUUUUUCAUAAUGAUUCCUCUUGAAUUAGCAUUUAAUACAUCAUUAAUGUAUACUUAAUCCAUUUGGUUGACUACACCAUUUUAUCUAUUUUUAAUAUUAGACUACCUUAUGAAAAUGAAUACUGUAUAUUAUGAAUAUGGAUAACCAAUUGUAGAUCGUUAUUUAAUUUUUAACAAUUAUCUCAAAAAAGGUUUGAUAAUAGAUGGUAUCUCUUUGUUAGUACUCUUAUGUGGAUAUUUUAAUGAUUAUUUCUUUUAAAGUAGAUGGUUAAACUUAUCAUUAAUCACUUUCAUUACAUAAUAUCAUUAUUUUGCUAAAAUCAUAAGGAAUGUAGAAGAAUCAAUUCAUUUAAGCAAAAUUCAAUCAUCAAUUAUGAAUUUAGCUAAAUUGUUAUUUACAAUUCUAUAUUUUCUACACAUAUAUAGUUGUCUUUGGUAUUUUAUAGGUUCAUAUGCAAAUGAUAUAGGAAUGGUUAAUUGGUUGGACAGUAGAAAUUUAUCAGAAGCUUCUUAUGAAAUUAAAUAUUUGGAGGCAUUUUAUUUUUCGACUGUUACUAUGAUUAGUGUUGGAUAUGGAGACAUAGUUCCAUUAAGUAUAGAAACUUCAUUAUAUAUUAUUAGAUUCUUUGGAGAAGAUUUGUACAAUAUUAUUUAUGUUUACAACAUGUGUAUAGUUAUCAUUUAGCGUGAAUACAGUAGGAGAAAUAUUAAAUUCAAUAAGUUUAUCUGCAGAGAACACUACUGAAAAAAUACGAAUAAUUAAUAAAUAUAUGAGUAGAAAGCAUAUAAGUUUUGAAUUGCAAUAUUAGUAUAAAUUAAUUAAUAAAAUUAGAAUUAGAGAAUAUAUUAAAAUAUAUUGGAGUUAAUAAAUGUAAUAGGAAAAUGAAGAAGAAGAAAAACUAAUAACAUCAUUAUCUGAAAAUUUAAGAAAUAAAUUGAUAAAUGAAGCAAAUUUCUCUAUUAUUGAAAAAUGUGACUUAUUCAACUAAACAUUUAGUUUAGAGACUAAAUAAAAAUUAAUUAAACUAUUCAAGACUGUCCUUAUAACUCCUGAAUAAAUAAUUACAUGUGAAUUACCUCAUUAUAAUGAACCAUGUUUAUGUUUUAUUGAUUAUGGUACAUUAAGUAUUUGUACUAAUUUUACAGAUAGAUCUGAUAUAAUUUAAUUUUGUUAAGGUUAAUAUUUUGGAUUAGAUGAAUUAUUAACAGGUUAAUAAUCUAAAUUAUAAUUGUAAUCUUAAUCUUUUGUAAAAUUACUAGUUUUAACAAGAAGUGAUUUUAUCAAUACUUUAAAAGAUAACCCAAAAGAUUUUGAAUCAUUUUGUAAAAUGAAAGAUGAAAUAAUGAUGCAUUUAAGGGAUUCCAAUAAAAAAUGUAAAUCUUGUAAUUGUUAUGGUCAUGAUAUUUAAAAUUGUCCAAUUGUUCACUUUGUAAUUGAUAAGGAAAGAGUUAUAAAGUCUCAUUAAUUUUAUACUCAAUAAGAGAGAGUUCCAGGUUUACGUAAUCGAGCUAGAAUAAGGAAUCAAUUCAAUGCUAUAUUUGAUUAAUGGUUUUUGUAAGAAAUUGCAUAAAUGAUGAAGAAUUAAGAGGAUUUACCUAUAAUUCAAUUUUAUAAUAUAUAAUAGAUUGAUCAUUCAGAACCUUCUCAAUCUAAAAAGCAUAAUUUACAAUCUAAAGAUUCUUUAUUUAUAAAUGAAAGAGGUUCAUUGUAAAAUGUAGAAUCAAAUACUUAAACAGUAAUAAGUCCACCUAAAGUAAAUGAUCAUUCAAAUUUUUGUAUAAUAUCUUAUUUAAUUAGAUCCAUAGAAUAAAAUAAUUCGUAAAAAUUAUACAAGACAAAGUAUUCGAAUAAAAAACUAAGGAGUAAAAUUAAAAUUUUAAAGAAUUAUCAAAAAAGUAAUAAAAAUGUAACAUUAUUCAAAAAUAUUUACAAAAACUAAUUAAAUAGAAGCAAAUCAAAAAUUUAAUAAAAAUAUAAAAGAAAUAGUAGAAAACUAUUUCAAUAAUCCUUAAUUAAAAGAAUAUUUAAAUAAAUUUGAAUAUGAAGAUUUAUAUUUCCUUAGAAUGAAAUGUAAUUUGAUACAAUAUUCAGAAUAUACUUUAUCAAAGCCUUUCGAAAUCUAAAAGGAAUAUCUAAUUUAUAAUGUUCAAAAUAAUUUAUCAUAAAUAAUAAAAAGAUCAGAUCUCUAUCUAGAAUAAUUGAAAAAUAAAUAAUUUAGAGUUGAUAUGUAUAACAGUACAUAAAUAUUAAUGUUAAGUUAAGAUGAGAGGAAAUCUAUCUUAUAGGAGAGUCUUAUUAAAUAUCUUUCAUAUCCAAACAUUUACUUCAAAAAAUAUCAUGAUGUAAAUAAACCAAAUGAAACUUUUGAAUCUAUUGGAUAAUAAAAGGCUAAGGCUCUAUUUAAAGCCUAUAAAAAAAGAUAGAUAAUGAGAUAAAAUGCAUUCCUCCUACCAAUUGUUAAAAGAGGCUAUACAAAAAGUUCUUAAUAAAUUUUGCAUAUAAAUGCCAAUGUAAUUGUACCUGAAAACUGA